CACAAUGCAACAAAAUGUUUGUAAAAAUAGACUUAUUUUUAUAUUCUCUAGUAAUGCUGUAUUGUCCACAAGCAUUGUUACAACCAUUAGAUGAUCUAAAUGAUGACACCACAACUCUUGUUAAAAUAUCUGAGGUAUCAAACACUGAAAUCACAGAAGUCAAUAAACUAGAAGAUAUAACUGAAAAAACUUUGAAAGUAACUGAAAUAAUACAACAAAUAGAUGUAAAAGAAAAUGGACAACAAAUAAUUAAUAAAAUAAGUGAUGUCGUUAUAAAUAAUGACCCUAUUACUGAAACAAUUAAAGACACAAAUGAUGAUUUAAACAAUAUAAAUACAGCAAGAAUUAGUAAUAAUAUUAAAAGUACUGAAGAUGUUGACAAUACUUCAUUAUCUUGGAGAUCAGAUAAACGUAUUAAGAAAAAAAUAUCAAAAGAAAGGCGUGCUCAAAACCCACCAGUUUCUUUAAGAGCUGAAAAUACUAAGAAUAGUGAUGAAUCUUCAAAUAACACAGAAAGUGACGAUCCUAAUAUAUUCUUGGUAAUAAAUGGUGAAAACGUUAAUAAUAUAUCUCUCGACUCAAAUGGUCUACAAAUAAAAGCGGAUAUACUUAUAAACCUCAAAGUUUCUGACUCCAUAUUAUUAAACAAACUCAUAAAUAUGACAAAAACCCCAUACGAUAUUAUUUCAAACUUACUACAGAUAAACUUAACAAAUAUAUUUUUGUUUUUAAAUCCAGGUAACACUUCUAAUACUCCCAUGAAUACUGUUAACAGUAGAAUAUCACAUAAUCCUAAUAUAAACAAAAAUAAAGUUAAGAAACACAAAAUAAUACUCCCAACUGAUGAUGAUCCUCCUAUUGAUAUAAGAUUCGGAUCUGAAGAUAAUAACUCAAUAACUACUGACAAAAAUACAAAUAACAUAUUACAUAUAACUGAAAAACCAAAUAAAAAUAAAGAUAAUCUUUUAAGCAAUAUAUUGCCUGGACCACUGUUAGACUUUGAUUUACCUAAAAUACCAGUAGACGGUAUUUUUGGUGCAGCAGCCAACAUUUUCAAUGGAUUUAAAUGAAAUACGAUUGAUCUUGAACGAAACAAAACUGACUAUAAUUGGUCUACUAUUUGUACUACAAACUAAUAUUAAGUAAAGUAAGCCUGUCUGUCUUUUCUUCAAGCCUGUGUGAAAUUUGGUACAGACAUACUUUGGAACUUGAGAAAGGACAUAGCAUAGCUUUUAUUACAAAAUAUAAAAUUUAUUCCGGACAUAUACCGCCAUCUAUUAGUCAAACCAAAAAUCGGCCGGAAGUCACUAUUCCACGCGAACGAAGUCGCGGGCAAAACCUAGUUUGUCGAGAUUAUAGUAUAUUAGACGAGAAUAUAUAGAACAAUUUUUUGUAAAGACCAGGAGGAGGAGACGAAGGUGUAAUAGAUAUGGGUUCUCUAGAAGUAUUUAGUGUGCUAUUACUUUUGAAAUUACAAUUGCAGUUGUUAUAUGGGGAUACAAAAGAGU